CAGACGAGCACUAAUGCGACGCCAUUGAGUUAUUAGCAGGUGCCCUCCGUGGAGUUUUGUUUCUGUUUAUCGGUAUUGAGCUUAAAAUAUUGUUUGUUUAGCAAUGUGUACGAAAAUGAGAACCUUUGAACCUUUGGCUAAAGGAGAGCUGAAAACGCAAGGCUUUACAGUGAUGUCCACAAUGAAGAAUUCGGUGGUGGUGGGUCCUCCAGCUGCAGGGGCUUUCAGGGAGAGGCCAGCCAAACCCACAGCCUUCCGGAAGUUUUACGAACGUGGAGAUUUUCCAAUUGCCCUGGAACAUGACUCCAAAGGCAACCGUAUUGCAUGGAAGGUGGAGAUUGAAAAACUGGACUACCAUCACUACCUCCCCCUGUUCUUUGAUGGACUGUGCGAGACGGUUCACCCUUACGAGUUCUUUGCUCGACAGGGCAUCCAUGACAUGCUGGAGCACGGCGGAAAUAAAGUCCUUCCUGUUAUUCCACAGCUCAUCAUCCCUAUCAAAAAUGCUCUGAACACGAGGAACAGACAGGUCAUCUGCACCACACUGAAGGUUCUGCAGCAUCUGGUUGUUUCGGCAGAGAUGGUGGGUGAAGCACUGGUCCCGUACUACAGACAGAUUCUUCCCAUCCUCAACAUCUUCAAGAACAUGAACAAAAACUCAGGUGAUGGUAUUGACUACAGCCAGCAAAAGAGGGAGAAUAUUGGAGACCUGAUCCAGGAGACGCUGGAAGUAUUUGAACGCUACGGGGGUGAAGACGCCUUCAUCAACAUCAAAUACAUGGUUCCCACCUACGAGUCCUGCCUUCUCAACUAGAAAGACCAGAGAACUCUCUCGCAAACACACACACACACACUCACACUUAUACAAACAUGUAAACACACCCAUCUUAUGUUACACUUCUUAUUUCUGACUUUAUUAAAGUCAUAAUGUAGAUGCAAUGAUUUUGUGCUCCACGUCUAUCUCUAUCAGAACACAGACACACACAUGCAAACACACAGCUUCCUGUGAAGAUAAACAGAAAUGAGGAGCUCAGGGGUCAAUAAAUCUCUCGGUUGAAACUAACCUGCAUUUCAUUUUCAGUGGGUGAGGAAUUAUCUUAAAGAGAAAUGCAGAACAAAAUGCGCACAUCUAGUCCAAGCUGGCUACAGAUACAGGAAACAGUACAACCCAAGUAAAUGGUUAUUUUUCACCUCAUCAUGAUGGAGAUCUUGAAGAAUUACUAUCAGUUUGAGAACUGUUUUAGU